AUGCAGGCGGGGGCUGUAGCUGCAGGCGGCGGGAGGGACCUUCUGGCUAACGCCGCGGCUCAGGGGGACGUGCAGGGGGUGCGGCUGCUGCUGGAAGCCGGGAUGAACCCCAACACUGUUAAUUCCUUCGGCAGGACCCCCCUUCAGGUCAUGAUGAUGGGAAACACCCAAGUGGCGGAGCUGCUGCUGCAGAGAGGAGCGGAUCCCAACCGCCCGGACCCGCGCACCGGCUCCCUCCCAGUGCACGAUGCGGCGCGAGACGGUUUCCUGGACACCCUUGUGGCGCUGCACCGAGGCGGGGCUCGGUUGGAUCUGCGGGACAAAUCGGGCCGCCUCCCCAUUGACCUAGCUGUAGAGAGCGGGCAUCAGCAAGUGGUCAGCUACCUCCGAGCCCAGCCUGCAAGGAAUGCCGCUCCGCCCCAGGCAUAG